ACAGGCUCCGAUGGGGCUCUGCGGUGUCGUGCUCUGGAGCCCCUCAGUCGCGACGAGCAGGACGCUGGUGCUGGGACUGCUGGCUUUGCUGUGGCCCCCGGGGCGGGGCGAGGCGUGCAGCUGCCUCCCAACGCACCCGCAGCAGCAUUUCUGCCGCUCGGCGGUUGUGAUUCGGGCCAAAGUCACCAGUGAGAAGAUAGUGACUGCUAAUGAAGACCCUUCUAACCCUAACAAAUUGCUSCGGUAUGAACUCAAACGGAUGAAGAUGUUUAAAGGGGUUGAGAAAGUCAAGGAGGUUCGCUAUGUCUACACCUCUGUGAACACUUCUCUCUGUGGAACUAGAAUAGCAGUCAACAGUAAGAGGCAGUACUUUAUAACUGGUAAUGUUCUCAAUGGUGGAAAAAUCUUCAUCAAUAUGUGUAACUAUAUCCAGCCUUGGGAAAACGUGUCCAUGGCGCAGAGACAGAGUCUGAAUCACCACUAUCUUUUCAACUGUGACUGCGAAGUUACCAUCUGCUACUCACCGACCUGUAACAAAUCGAUGCGCAAUCAGUGUCUCUGGACAGACUGGCUGUUGGAACGGAAGCUCUAUGGGAACCAGGCCCACCAUUUUUUCUGCAAGAAGAAUGAGGAUGGCAGCUGCAAAUGGCAGCUGGUACACCACCCCAAUAGGGAGGAGUUUGUUGACGUCAUCGAGCCUUAGUAAAGACCAGUGACCACCACAGCCUUUCGAGAGACCUGAAGACCAAUCCUUCACUGUGGAACUCUGUUACCAUCUACCCUGUUGCUGCCAGCCAAUGGGAAGUGCCAAGUGGAAGGCCUUACCAACAUCAUGGCAGGGAUGGGGAACAUUACUCUUGUGUCUAAGAGCCUAGUCCAUAACCUGGGAAGGUAGCAUGACUUUUUUGUCCUGACCUCA